CCGUGGAGAGCUCCAGAAGAGCGUCCCCGCUUCCCUCCCCCCAGGCCCCCAGGCCCCCAUCCCUGAAUCCUGCCAGGCUGGGGCUGGGUCCCAGUGCACACCAGUGCCACCCAAAGGCCCCCUGUCCCGAAGCGAGAGGCAGGAAGGUUCUGGAACAAAAGGGGGAACCAAAAACCUCCUGCAGUCGAUUUGGGGGAUUCCGCCUUUCUGGGUCUUGGACAUGAAACCUGGGACCCUUCUCAUUCCAGGCUGGAGUUGUAUUGAAAUGCAACCCAGGCCACAGCAGGACGACCCCUGGCAAGGACAUGAAGGUGGCCCCCGAGGGACAAGUCCCCACCCACCCAAUGUCUUGCAGGGACAAAUCAAGGGUCUUCUUGAUACAAGAAAGGAAAUUCAUUUUCCUAAUUUGAGGAGGUGAAAUGAGGAAAAGGUCUAGGUGAAAUGAACCAGCAUAGACAGACCUCCUAAAAAAAAAAAUCACGGAAAUUUUUAAAUUAUCAAAAAUGAUACAGAAUUCCAAAUAAAUGAUACAGGCACAAAUUUUUUCAAUGACAUGCAGGGACAUACGAAUUCAUACGACAGAAUUUGAGUGGCCUAAGAAUAUGAUGCCGUCUAGUUUUGCCAUGAAGUGCCGAAAACAUUUGAAGAGUCGGAGAUUAGUCAGUGAGAAACAACUUGGUGUGGAUAGAAUUGUAGAUUUUCAAUUUGGAAGUGAUGAAGCUGCUUAUCAUUUAAUCAUUGAGCUCUAUGAUAGGGGGAACAUUGUUCUUACAGAUUACGAGUACAUAAUUUUAAAUAUUCUAAGGUUUCGAACUGAUGAGGCAGAUGAUGUUAAAUUUGCUGUUGGUGAACGCAAUCUACUUGAUCAUGCUAGAGCUGCUGAACCUUUGCUUACUUUGGAAAGAUUGACUGAAAUAAUAGCCCGCGCACCUAAGGGUGAACUACUGAAGAGAGUGCUUAACCCAUUGCUUCCCUAUGGACCAGCUCUCAUUGAACACUGUCUUACAGAAAAUGGAUUCUCGGGUAAUGUGAAAGUGGAUGAAAAACUUGAAACUAAAGAUAUUGAAAAAAUACUUGUUUGUCUGCAGAAAGCAGAAGACUAUAUGAAAACAACAUCCACCUUCAGUGGGAAGUGAUAUAUCAUUCAGAAAAGAGAAAGAAAGCCAAAUCUGGAAGCAGAUAAACCAGUCGAAGACAUACUCAUGUAUGAGGAAUUUCAUCCUUUCUUGUUUUCUCAACAUUGACAAUGUCCAUAUAUAGAAUUUGAAUCAUUUGACAAGGCUGUGGAUGAGUUUUAUUCCAAGAUAGAAGGCCAGAAAAUUGACUUAAAAGCUUUACAACAGGAAAAGCAAGCAUUGAAGAAAUUAGAUAGUCGAAAGGAUCAUGAAAACAGAUUGGAAGCCCUUCAGCAGACUCAGGAAAUAGACAAACUGAAAGGAGAGCUCAUAGAAAUGAACCUACAAAUAGUUGACAGAGCCAUUCAGGUAGUUCGAAGUGCUUUAGCUAGCCAAAUAGAUUGGACAGAAAUUGGGUUAAUUGUGAAAGAAGCCCAAGCUCAAGGAGACCCUGUUGCAAGUGCAAUCAAAGAAUUAAAACUACAAACAAAUCAUGGUACAAUGCUGCUAAGAAAUCCACACUUGUUAUCAGAGGAGGAAGAUGAUGAUGUUGAUGGUGACGUCGGUGUUGAGAAAAAUGAAACCGAACCACCAAAAGGAAAAAAGAAAAAGCAAAAGAAUAAACAGCUGCAGAAGCCUCAGAAAAAUAAGCCAUUACUUGUAGAUGUUGAUCUCAGCUUGUCAGCAUAUGCCAAUGCCAAAAAGUAUUAUGAUCACAAGAGAUAUGCUGUUAAGAAAACGCAAAAGACUGUUGAAGCUGCUGAGAAGGCAUUCAAAUCAGCGAAAGCAAAGCAAACAUUAAAAGUUCAGUCUGUUACCUCUAUUCAAAAAGCAAGAAAAGUAUAUUGGUUUGAGAAAUUUCUGUAGUUCACUAGUUCAGAGAACUAUCUAAUUAUAGGUGGAUGAGAUCAGCAACAGAAUGAAAUAAUUGUGAAAAGAUACUUGACACCAGGAGACAUUUAUGUACAUGCUGAUCUUCAUGGAGCUACUAGCUGUGUAAUUAAGAAUCCAACAGGAGAACCCAUUCCCCCAAGGACCUUGACUGAAGCUGGCACAAUGGCACUUUGCUACAGUGCUGCUUGGGAUGCAUGAGUUAUCACUAGUGCCUGGUGGGUGUACCAUCAUCAGGUAUCUAAAACAGCACCAACUGGAGAAUAUUUGACAACAGGAAGCAUCGUGAUAAGAGGAAAAAAGAAUUUUCUUCCUCCUUCAUAUCUAAUGAUGGGAUUUAGCUUCCUUUUUAAGGUAGAUGAGUCUUGUGUUUGGAGACAUCGGGGUGAGCGAAAAGUCAGAGUACAGGAUGAAGACAUGGAGACACUGGCAAGUUGCACAAGUGAGCUCAUAUCAGAAGAAAUGGAACAAUCAGAUGGAGGUGACACUAGCAGUGAGGAGGAUACAGAGGAACAUGAAACUCCUCCUGUAGACGUAGAACUCAUGACUCAGGUUGACCAAGAGGAUAUCACUGUUCAGAGUGGUAGAGAAGAACUAAAUGAGGAACUCAUUCAGGAAGAAAGCUCUGAAGAUGAAGGAGAAUGUGAAGAGGUUAGAAAAGAUCAGGAUCUUGUUGGUGAAAUGAAGGAUGAAGGGGAAGAGACAUUAAAUUACCCUGAUACUGCCAUUGACUUGUCUCACCUUCAGCCUCAAAGGUCCCUCCAGAAGUUGGCUUCAAAAGAGGAAUCUUCUAAUUCUAGUGACAGUAAAUCACAGAGCCGGAGAUAUUUGUCAGCCAAGGAAAGAAGGGAAAUGAAAAAGAAAAAACUUCCAAGUGACUCAGGAGAUUUAGAAGUGAUAGAGGGAAAGGACAAAGAAAAAGAAAUUACUGUGCACGUUGAAACUCAUCAGAACACAAGCAAGAAUUUUACAACUGUGCAGCCAAUGAAACGAGGACAAAAGAGUAAAAUGAAAAAAAUGAAGGAAAAAUACAAAGACCAGGAUGAAGAAGACCGUGAACUUAUCAUGAAAUUGCUGGGGUCCGCAGGUUCAAACAAAGAAGAAAAAGGGAAGAAGGGGAAGAAAGGAAAAACAAAGGAUGAACCUGUGAAGAAACAGCCCCAGGAACUCAGAGGUGGAGAAAGGGUCUCUGACAACAUUAAGAAAGAAAGGCCAUUUCUUGAGGUUAUUACUCAUGAGUUACAAGACUUCACUGUAGAUGAUCCACAUGAUGACAAGGAAGAGCAAGAUCUGGAUCAACAGGGAAAUGAGGAAAACCUGUUUGAUUCUUUGACAGGCCAGCCACAUCCUGAAGAUGUACUAUUGUUUGCCAUUCCAAUAUGUGCCCCUUACACCACCAUGACAAACUACAAAUAUAAAGUGAAACUUACUCCUGGAGUGCAGAAAAAGGGAAAAACUGUAAAAACAGCCUUGAAUAGUUUCAUGCAUUUCAAAGAAGCAACAGCAAGAGAAAAAGACUUAUUCCGCAGCAUAAAGGACACAGAUUUAUCAAGAAACAUUCCUGGCAAAGUGAAAGUGUCUGCACCCAAUCUUCUGAAUGUAAAAAGGAAAUAGCUGAAAUGAAAUUCUAAAAAUAUUUGAGAAGACCCAAUUUUACAGCCUUUUGGAAGUUCAAAGAUGAAAACACCAUGUUACAGGACUCAGCAUUAUAAAAAUGAACUAAACAUUGCCUUGCUAUAUAUAUUCACCAAAAGGACUUAAUUCUUGUUUUUUUUUCCCCCCAGUUUUAUAUAUAAGAAACACUGUCUAUGAUAGGAUUUCCUAAAACAUUUGUGGACAGUUAAAUGCUAAUUAUAUGCAUCUGUCAUUAUUCUACAUUAUCUUGAAGUUUGGAGGUUAAUAUUGUGUUGUUUUCAUGAUGUAAAGAAACUGAACAGUGAAGUGG